AUGACAAAUAAUAAAUUACCAACACCAGUAUCUCAAUAUCCGGGAGAUCGUACAGCACCAAAAGGUUCACUUCGUCUUGAAUGGGUCUAUGGUUAUCGAUCUGCUAAUUGUCGAAGUAAUAUACAUUUAACUGAAAGUGGUGAACUUGUAUAUUUUUCUGCUGCUGUUGCUAUUGUUCAAAGUAUAAAUGGCAAAAAUAAAUUUCAACAACGAUUUUUUCUUGGUCAUGAUGAUAAUAUUAUUAGUUCAUGUCUUCAUCCAGAUAAAACAAUUGUUGCGACUGGUCAAAUGGGCAGUAAUGCACGUAUAUGUAUAUGGAAUACUCAAGAUGCAAUGAAAUUAGAAAGUCUUUUACAAGGACAUAAAGAUGGAGUUGGAGCAAUGAGUUUUAGUAUGGAUGGCAAAAAAUUAGCUAGUGUUGGUAUUGAUGCUGAAAAUACUAUUAAAAUUUGGCAAUGGAAUGCUGGAAAAAUUUUAGCUACUGUUUCAGGUCAUUCGGAACGUGUUUUUGAUAUUUAUUAUUCGAGUAAUUGUGUUAUUACAUGUGGUGUUAAACAUAUUCGUUUUUGGACAUUACUUGGUAAUACAUUACAAUUUCAAGAAGGACAAUUUGGAAAAUCAGAAACAUUAACAUUAUUAUGUAUUGGAAAUUUUGAUCGAACAACUUCUGAAGAAUCUAAAUCACAUACAGAAAAUGAUGAUUCAUGUUUUACUGGAGCGAUUAAUGGAGAUAUACUUAUAUGGAAUAAAAAUAAAAUUGAUCGAAUUAUUUCUGGAGCACAUAAUUCAACAAUAUAUUCAAUUGAUAUAAGUUCAAAUGGAUUUUUAACAAGCGGUAAAGAUGGCUUUGUUAAAGAAUGGAAAAAAGAUUUUUCUUCAAUUAGAUUGAUACAUAUUCCAAAUUUAAUAAAUGAUUCUGAAGAAGUUAAUGUCUGUAGUGUUACAUCACGUAAUGGUUACUGUGUUGCUGGUACUCGUGAUUCUGAAAUCUAUGGAUUUGAAUUAAAUGAAAAUAGUGUUCCUCAACUUCUUGUUCAAGGUCAUUAUGGUGAUAGUUUAUCUGCAUUAUCUUGUCAUCCACUUGAAAAUAUUUUUGCAACUGGUGGAGAUGAUGGUUUAUUAAGAUUUUGGGAUGCUGAACGAUUUUCAUUAAUAAAAUUUUAUUCAACACCUUCUAUUCGAUUAUCACCAUCUCCUGCUAUUCGAGCUUUAGCUUUUUCAUCAAAUGGAAGUGAAAUUGCUGUUGGAUAUGAAAAUGGUUAUAUUGAAAUUUAUCCAACACCAUUGAAAUCAGAUAAUGAGAAAUCACCUAAUCCAAUACAAAAAUUUCAAGAUCGUACAGAUCGUAUUCAAUCAUUAGUAUUUUCUCCCAAUAAUAACUAUUUUGCAGUUGGAUGCUCAGAUGGAGGUUUUGAUAUUUAUGAUGUAAAGGAUCAAUAUAAAAAUUUACAUUUUAAAAAUUCUGGUAAUAAUUUAAAUAUUACAAAUAUUGAUUGGAGUGAAGAUGAAAAAUAUGUACAUUUUACUAGUGAAAAUAAACAAGUUUUUAUAGCUAAAAUACCUUCAUGUGAAAUUGUUUCUGAAAGUGAAGGCAAUAAGAUUCAAAAUUGGGCAACAUUUACAAGCUUAAAACAUAAAGAAGUUCGUGGAAUAUGGGAUAAAUUUGCGGAAAAAACUGAUAUUGCUACGAUUGAUGGUAAUAUCCAUGCAGGUGUUAUUGCUGCAGGUGAUAAACAAGGUCUUAUUAAAUUAUUUCGUUUUCCAAGUGAAAAAAAUGGUGCACAUUUUAGAAAAUAUGUCGGACAUUCGAGUAGAAUUGCUAAUGUUCGUUUUCUUCAUGAUACAAGUCGUUUAAUAACAAUCGGUAGUAAUGAUUGCACAAUAAUGCAAUGGAAAUAUUUAGGUGAAUCAGAUUCUAUUGCACCUAUUGAUGCUCGAAGAUUAAGUGUAGCAUCAGUAAGUGCACAACCGGGAAUAGAUGGAACCAUAAAUGCAGAUUUAAUCGAUGGAACGAUUGAAGAUGUACAAAUGUUAGAAACAGCUCAACAAGUUGGUUCCUAUUUAGAUUCAGAUUCUGAAGAUUCAGAUUCAGAUUUAAGUGGUGCAGAAAUUGAUUCAGAUAUUGAAAAAGAAAAACAAAUGUCAUAUGAUAGAACUGUAUAUAGAGAAGAUUAUCAAAAAGUAAAAAAAACCAUGAAAGAAAUAUUACCGCCGGGUGAAAAAAGAAAACAACAACCAGAUGAAGGUCUUACACUUGAUUAUGUAUUUGGAUAUCGUGGUUAUGAUUGUCGAGAUAAUUUAUUUUGUUUAAAAUCUGGUGAAAUUGUCUAUCAUGUAGCUGCACUUGGCAUUGUUUUAAAUAUAGAACAAAAUACACAAAAAUUUUAUAAUUGCCAUACAGAUGACAUUCUAUGUUUAGCUGCGUCACCCGACAUGUCAUUAGUUGCUACAGGACAAAUUGGUCGUGAUCCACCUGUUCAUGUCUGGGAUCCAAUCACAAUGCAAACAAGUUCAAUACUUAAAGGGCAACAUUCUCGAGGCAUAUCUGCGGUUGCCUUUUCUAACAAUGGUAAAUGGUUAGCAUCUGUUGGCUUAGAUGAUUAUCGAACAAUUGUUAUCUGGGAUUGGAAAAAAGGAGAAAAACUAGGUUCACAAAGAGGACACAAUGAUAAAAUAUUUUGUUUACGUUGGAAUCCUCAUGAUGAAAAUCGUUUCGUAACAGUUGGUAUUAAACAUAUUAAAUUUUGGACAAAAGCAGGUGGUGGUAUGACAUCGAAACAAGGAGUUUUUGGAAAAACUUCUGGUAAACAAGGAAAACAAAAUCAAAUGUGUGUAGUUUUUGGUAAAACACCAGAUAUUUGUAUAACUGGUGGUGGUGACGGUUGUAUUUAUAUCUGGACUCAAACUUCAUUAACAAAAAAAAUUGAUAAUGCACAUACUGGACCCGUAUUUGCUAUAGCUGCAGUACAAGAAAAGGGUUAUAUAACUGGUGGAAAAGAUGGAAAAGUUAUACUCUGGGAUCCAGAAUUUAAAAAAAGUAUUAAAACAUAUGAAUUAACAAAUAAAAACUUGGCGUCGGAUUCUCGAGGUUUACUAACUGAAGAAGAAACAUCUAAAACAUCAAUUCGUGCUGUUACAUUAACACGUCGAAUUUUCGUUGGAACAAAUCGAGGAGAAAUUUGUGAAAUUGAAAAAGAUGGUCGAAUUCGUAUUUGUGUUCAAGGUCAUGGGGAAGGUGAAAUGUGGGGUUUAAGUACACAUCCAAAUAAAUAUGAGAUAUGUACUGUAAGUGAUGAUAAAACUGUACGAAUAUGGUCAUUACAAGAUCGACGAAUGAUACGUUAUAAAAUAUUUAAGAACUUAUUACGUACAUGUGAAUAUUCACAAAGUGGAAAAACAAUUGCAGUUGGAACUAAAGAUGGACAUUUUAUGAUAUUAAAUGAGGCAGAUUUGAAUACUAUUGUGUCUGUUGAACAUAGAAAUCAAGAAGUAUCAGACAUUAAAUUUUCACCAAAUGAUCGAUAUUUAGCAGUAGGAACCCAUGAUAACUUUGUGGAUAUCUAUAAUGUUGAAACACAAAAACGAGUUGGUAUUUGCAAAGCAAAUUCAUCCUAUAUUACACAUAUUGAUUGGGAUGCUAAUAGUAAAUUAAUAAUGACAAAUUCCGGUGCAAAAGAACAAUUAUUUUAUGAAGCACCACGUGGUACUAGAAUUACAUCUAUUAAAACAACUGAUGUUGAAAAAAUGGAUUGGUUUACGUGGACAGGAGUAUUAGGACUUGUUUGUGAAGGUAUUUGGCCACCAUCAGCAGAUGUAACUGAUGUUAAUUCAAGUGAUUUAACAAAAGAUAAGAAAAUUCUAGCAACAGGUGAUGAUUUUGGUCUAGUUAAACUAUUUGAUUUUCCUGUUAAAGGUAAAUUUGCUAAAUUCAAACGAUAUACUGGUCAUAGUGCUCAUGUAACUCGCGUUCGAUGGACAUAUGAUAGUUCUUAUUUAAUAUCAAUUGGAGGUCGUGAUGUUGCUACAUUAGUUUGGAAACAUGAACAUAAUAGUAAUGUUAACACUUCUUCAAGUUCCGAUGCAAAAACAACGGUUAAAAAUGUUAGUGCUACUUCUACUAAUACUGCAGUUGCACCUCUUGGACGACAACGAGGUGAAAGUGACGAUUCAGAUAAUACUGAUUCUGAAGAAGAAGGUUAUGAUUCUGAUGUUCAACAUGAUCGAAGUAUGGAUUACAAUGCUCGAAUACUGAUUCAUCCAGUUCAGUCAAAAAAUGAUAAAAAAGAAGCAUUUCGAUCAUUAUCAGCAGCAAAUAAAAAACCACUUCAUUCAAAAGUAAAACUAUCACAAAGAAAAGUUACUGAUGAAUUAGCAUUAGUUAAAAUGGCAUUAAAAUCAAGUAUCGGUCUUGGCUUAUUAAAUGCAAUGCAAGAAAAUGCAACAAAUAAUGAAGUACCAGGUCAAGAAUUUAAACUUCGAGGGCGUAUUGUUGAUCUGCAAUUAGAUCAUAUUCAUGGUUAUCGAGGUUUUGAUUGCCGUGAUAAUUUAUUUUAUUUAGCCGAUAAUGCAUCAAUAGUUUAUCCAGCAGCAGGUGCCGGUGUUGUACAUCAUAUUAGUACAGGUACUCAAACGUUUUAUACUAACCAUACAGAUGAUAUUAUAUCAAUGGCUGUAUAUGAUGGAGGAAAAUAUAAAGAUAUUGUCGCAUCAGGACAAAUUGGAGAAAAUCCAACUAUUCACAUAUGGGAAGCUUCUACACGAAAAACACUUUCAGUUUUAUCUGGAAAACAUAAACGAGGUGUUUGUUCAUUAAGUUUUUCAUCGAGUGGAAAACUUUUGUUAUCAGUUGGUGUUGAUGCUCCAUAUACAAUUGCAGUAUGGCGAUGGGAAGAAGGCAUUAAUAUAGCAUGUACAGUUGCAUCAGAGGAUCGAAUUUUUCGCGCCCUAUUUCGUUCAAAUUCUGAUGUACAUUUUGUAACAGCUGGUGUGAAACAUUUAAAAUUUUGGUCUGUUGCUGGUAAUACAUUAGUUGGUAAAAAAGCGGCCAUUACUCAAACAUUAGAUGGAAGACGAUCAACUAAAAUGCAAACAAUGCUCUCUAUAGCAUUUGGACCAGAAGAUCGAACUUAUACGGGUAGUAUGACUGGUUUAGUUUUUAUCUGGCGUCUUAAUGCAUUAGAACGAGCAGUAACUGCACAUUUUGGUCCAAUAUUUUCAAUAUUUAGUUCUGACAAUUGUAUUGUAACGGGUGCCAAAGAAAAACGUUCUCUUGGUUCAACAAGAGCACUUAAUCCACUUAAAAUGUGGGAUUAUGAUAUGAAAAAUGAACGAAUAAUUAAACUUGAUUUACCUCCAACAGAUUCAAUUUGUGUUCGAUCUGUUUGUCGAAAUUCUAAAGCCGGUAAACUUUUGAUUGGCUUGAAAACAUCUGAUAUUGUUGAAAUUGAUGAAAAAUCAUCUGGUUCACAACAAGUAACAUUAGUUUUUGGACAUGGUGAAGGACAAUUAUGGGCAUUAUCACCACAUCCAACUGAACCAAUGUUUGCAACAGGAAGUUAUGAUCGAAAUUUAGUCGUUUGGAAUAUCGAUACUAAAGGUCCAAUAGCAAAACGUGAUAUGGGAAAAGAAAUUCGAAGUGUUUCAUUUGAUUGUGACGGAACAUUAUUAGCUGUUGGAUUUAAAGAUGGACAAAUUAGUUUAGUAGAUUUUUCUAUGGAGACAAAAUCAUUAACAGAUGGCAAUAAAAAAACAAGAGAACGAAAUGCUGCAAUUACAUGUAUUAGAUUUAGUCCAAAUGGAAAAUUAUUAGUUGCAUCAUCAGAAAAUUGUUGUAUUGAUUUUUUUGGUAUUCAACAAAAAGAGUUAACACGUCUUGGUUAUGUAACACAUAUCCAAGAUGCAGUUUUACAAAUGGACUGGUCAACUACUUCUCAAUAUAUACGAGCAAGUACAGCUAGCUUUCAAGCACUUAUUUUUCGUGCACCAAAUGGUGAAGAAAUUAAAAAUCAUGAAGAAAUCGAAAAAAUUGUUUGGAAUUCAUGGACAAGUACUAUUGGAGAUGAUGUAAUGGGUAUUUGGCCAAAAGAUGGUAAAAAAGAUCAUGUUAAUUGUGCUCAUGCUACAUCAUCAACAAUUGUUACUGGUGAUGAUCGUGGAAGUGUUAAUCUGUAUAAAUUUCCAUGUCCAGAACCUGGCGCAGAACAUAAAUCAUUUUCUGGUCAUUCAGAUAAUGUAACAAAUGUUCGAUUUCUUGCUGAUGAAAAGUAUUUGGUUAGUUUAGGUGGUGAUGAUUGUUGUAUCUUUCUCUGGAAAUGCAUUACGAAAUCAGACAGUGACGAUGAUGAUGAUUAG